CAGAAAGGCGGACGAUAUAUUACUGAGACUAAUUUGUUAAGUGUGAAAAAACGAAUAUGUGUGAACUUGUUGAUAUAGAAAAAGUAAAGGCCGACUAUCUUGAACAAAAUGUUAAAGAAGCUUUAGAAAAAGUUCAUAAAGUCUCUAUAAAUGUUAUAGAAUGUAAAAUAAAGCUUGCAACUGUAAACGGUGAAAACUUUUGCAGUGACAUCUAUCGAGUAAAUGUUAAAUAUGCAAUACUGACUGAAACAACCGCUGGGGGAAAAGAAAUACAUACACAAUCAUUAAUGAUAAAAGAUAUUAUACCGGAGGUGGCUGAAAUUGGUUCCAGUGAACUGCUUAUGUAUGAUACAGUUCUACCUUUAAUGGAAGAAAUAUUGGAAGCAAGUGGUGAUAAGGUAAAACUGAGACCAAAUUGCUUACUAAGUAAGCGGGAUAGUAAAGAAAUCUAUAUUCUGGAAGAUAUGAAUGAAUUGGAUUAUUAUGUUGCUGACCGAUGGUUGGGCUUAGAUGAGCAACGUGCAAUGUGUUUGAUGGGUAAAAUUGCGAAAUAUCAUGCAGCUUCAAUGGUGUUAAUACAAAAAUUCCCCACUGAGGUAAAAAAACUACCAGCUUCACACUUUGCUGCAGGAGCAGCAGAUCAGAUCGCCCAUUCCAUUGCAAUUGGUGGUUUGGAGUAUGUUGCAGAUUUUCUCAAAACCUGGUCUGGUUUUGUGGAAAUUUCGAGAAAAAUUUUAGCAAAUAAGACACAAUUCAAUGAAAAAAUAAAAUCAAUUGUUAAUCCGAAAAAUAGCAAAGUUAAUGUUAUUAUGCAUGGCGAUUUGUGGGUUAAUAAUUUUCUUUUCCGAUAUGAUAAUGACAAAAAGCCCAAUGACGUUGUGUUGGUUGAUUUUCAAAACUGUUAUAUCGGUAGCCUCGGUAUCGAUCUGAAUUAUUUUUUAUAUACGAGUCUACAACUGAAUGUAUUGAAAACCAAACAUUUGGAUUUAUUAAAACACUAUUAUAAUGUUUUAGAAGACACAUUGAGAAUGUGUGAGUAUCAAGUAAUACCGAGUUGGGAAUCAGUUUUGGAAGAAAUACGUAGCACAGCAUUUAUGGGGCUUUAUGCUGCUGUUUGUGAGCUACCAAUCUGUUGUAUGGAUAAAAAAACAUCUGAUGGAUUUACAACAGCAACAUUUAGUAAUCCAGAGGAAAUGGCUAAAAAACGAAAACUGAUGUACAACAAUGAAAGAGUAGUAGAGACAUUAAAGUACACUUUACAUUAUUUCAACAAUUCUGGUGUACUUGAUUAGUAACUAUAGUUUAAAUUUAAUUGCUAU